AGGAGAAAACAAAACAAAAAAGCGCAUCAGAUGUGUCUAUCUGCGGGCGUCUGAAAGUGGAUUUCUUCUCCCUGUAGUGUCUGUCGCCCAAAGUGCCUUUUCCUCUCCGUCCAGCGCAAAUAUGCCGAGGGGAUUUUUGGUGAAAAGGAACAAAAAAACCAAUCCUGUGUCCUACCGGGUCCGAUCCGAUGAGGAGGAGACGGAGCAGACGCCGGCUGAUGCGCCUCCGUCCUCCGCCCCUCUCGUCUCCAUCCCGGGGCGCGCACUGACGCCGCCACCCACCUGCGAGGCGGCGGCCGCGGCUCCGGAGCAGGACGCCAGGCCGGUCCAAUUUGGGAACCCGGAGGCGGUGUACCAGGCGCUGUACAGCCCCACCCGGCCGGUCAGCCAAGAGCACGACCGCUCCUAUUUCGAGAGACGCUUCAACCUCGGUUCACCGGUGUCGGCGGAGUCUUUCCCGACACCUGCAGCGCUCACAGCUUUGGAUCAUCUCUUCGCCCCGGUGGACCUGAAAAUCGGCACCAGCAACAGCAGCCGCACCGGUACCACCGCCGGACCAGCGGUCCCACACGCCGGUAACGGGACCAAACGGCCGGCCAGCGACAAUGAGCGCAAAGGCAAACCAUCGUCCAAGAAAACCAAAGCUAUCCGGAAACUGCACUUUGAGGACGAUGUCACCACGUCUCCGGUUCUCGGGCUCAAAAUUAAAGAGGCGCCAGCCGACCAGAAGGCCCCCAGACCGCAGCCGCCGGGAGGGGACAAUGCGCUCGGCGAGUUUGUGUGUCAGCUGUGCCGGGAGGCGUACGCAGAUCCGUUCGCCCUGGCGCAACACAAGUGCUCCAGGAUAGUCCGCGUUGAAUACAGGUGUCCUGAAUGUGAUAAAGUCUUUAGCUGCCCGGCAAACCUCGCCUCUCACCGGCGGUGGCACAAACCGAAGCCCCAGAGCGGCGCGUCAGGUGCGCAAAAUGCCGGUUUGGAGAGCGAUAAGGCGACCGCGUCUGAAAAGGCUGCCUUAGAUGAAGCGAAGGAUUCUAGUGACAGGGACACACCCAGCCCCGGCCCCUCCGAGUCGGGCUCAGAGGAAGGGCUGUACGAUUGUAAUCACUGUGGGAAAAAGUUUAAGCGUCAAGCGUACCUGCGCAAGCACAUCGCGUCGCAGCACGCCUCUCCAAAAGCGGGCGAGGACGAGGACUCGCAGCCCGGCGACGGAGCUCCAAGCGCGGCGCCGUUAAACCUGAGCUCCUCCACCUGCCACUUGUGUCCCGUUUGCGGGGAGAACUUUUCCAACAGAGGCAGUCAGGAGAGGCACAUCCGCCUCCUGCACUCCUCGCAGGUCUACCCGUGCAAAUACUGCCCCGCCAUCUUCUACAGCUCGCCGGGACUAACGAGGCACAUCAACAAAUGCCACCCGUCGGAGAACAGGCAGGUGAUCCUGCUGCAGAUGCCGCUGCGCCCUGCCUGCUGAUCUGAGACCUGAACCAGCUCCG